AUGCUCCCGCGGUUUGGUAUCGGAGUCGGCGGAUCCGGGCCCGAAGACGCAGAGCGCAAGGACACGGAACGACAGGCAGCCCCAGCUCCGAUGCACAGCGGCAUUCACUGCCGCGCAUCGAUCAUCGCCCAAUGGGUGAACGACUGGCGCGCCACGGGGCUCCGCCCGAUCACACUGCAACUCGUCGAGACCGUUCCAUCACCCCUCCUCUCGGUGCCGUCCCCAUGGGGGCCCGAAUACGCCGAAAAUGACACCCGACGCGCGCGUGCGGCGCUCAAGGGUCUACCCACAGAGGUAGCUGCGGGGCUCGCGCGCGAGGACGACGACGUCGAACGGCGGUGGGCUGCCCCGCUGUGGGAGGCCCGGAAGGACUCCGGGUACCCUGCGGUGCGGCAGUCUUAG